GAUGCACUUUGGUCCACUGAUAACCAUUCCGACUGUUACUUGAAUUCUCCCUUUUCUGCAACACCCAAAGCACUCAAACGAGUACAGAUAUGUCUUCCUUCGCUGCAGCCAGACAACUCUUCCUCCUGACAAGUGCAUCGCACGUGCAAUCCCGUGUAUCCCUGCAGUUUCUCCUCCCCCUAUCACCUGUAUCCAUCCCCGGCGAGCUCCACAACGGCGGCUCCUUACGCCUCACUCAAUUUUCUAGCCACCGCGACGCUGCCAUAACCACCAGAGCUUCGGCCGGAAAUGAUGCCAUUUUACCCAAGAAAGACGACGACGACGGUGUGUCUUUAGGGACCAUGAAGCUGCCCCUGGAUAUCGACCUUGAAAGAUUUGACAUUUUGCUUUUUCAGUGGGCUAACAGUCUGUGCCAGGGAGCUAACCUGCCUCUUCCGGUGCCCCUAAAGGUGGACAAAAUCCGUGGGGGAGCCAGACUAGGGUUCAUUACAGUUGAAGAUAAUGGAGAAACACAGGUGCUUGUGUACAUAGAUUGUGUAGUCUCUCCUGCCACCGAUGCUUCACCCACCCCAAUGUUCAGAGCCACCAGAAAUGGAGCAAAGAAAGAUGAGGCGGCGCCAGGAGAGCCACGGAUCAUGAGAAGCCUUCUAGCUGCCUUACAAAAGUCUGUCGAGAUCGCUAGAGUCUGACUAGCACCGCUAUAUUAUGCAUCAUUAGACAACAUGCAAAACUGAACCGCAUGAAUUGCAGCUUCAACCUUUGCAUAUGGUCUUCUUAUGUGACUUCUUUCCGACCUUCUACUACAGAUAACUCGGUGGGUUCCGUCAUUCUAAUUGACCAAUAUUUCAAUUAAUAUAUAUGUAAUAUUUAUUCUUAAUUUUACAAUAAUUAAUUCGUUUUUAUAAAUCUUAGAGAUUGUUUAAUUGAGCUCCUUACAAUGGCCACUUCGUCGGGGUCUCGAGGAAUUGGGAAAAUGUAUGAAUUAUUAAGAUUUCUUGAAACUCAAAAACAAGAAAUGUCAAAAAUUCUAGUAAUUUAAUAGUAUUUAUUUU